AUCUAUACUAUAUUUAAUUUAUUUAUACUAUAUUUAAAAAGGGGCGAAUUUUUCCCGCCCAAAUAUACACACGAUCUCAGGGUGUGAUCUCUUCUCUGAGCAAUGACGGCGAGGAAAAGAGGUCGACCAAGGAGGAAGAAACCAACGGCGGCGGUAGCUGGGGCGAAACUAAACCCUAGCAAUAGAGUAUCUGAAUCUCUCGGUGGGGGAGAGUCAUCUACGGGUGCAGGUAAGGAUAUCACUCCCAACUCUAAUAUACAAUCAGAUCUGAAGAGGAAGGAACAAAAUCUGAAUGACCUGAGAAGCUCGGGGAUUAACCCAGGGGGUACACCGGGUCAAGGGGGAACACCUGAGGAACCUAAGAAGAAGACCUUUGCUGAAAUCACUGGUUUAAAAGAUGAAUUUAACUAUGGACUCAAUUAUGUACAAACAGAAGAAAUGAAUGGAUUGAAGGUGGCUAGAUUAUCAAGGGAGGCUGUAGAGGAAGAUGCGGCGGGAUGGAAUUCUUCACUUGUAUGCUGCGUCUUAGGGGCCAAUCCAUCAUUAAAAGUCAUGGAUGGAUUUCUGAGCAGGAUUUGGAAGGAUUACAAGAUUGCUGAUGUUGUUGUACUCCGGGAAGGCCAAUUUGUUGUGCACUUUGAAAAGGAGGAGGAUAGGGAUGAAAUAGCCAGAAGGAAAUAUUACUUCCUGGAUAAUAAGCCAAUGUUAGUUCAAAGAUGGAAACCUGGAUGUAAACUCAACCUAGAUGAGCUCACUGAUAUUCCAAUCUGGUUAAGGUUUCCAGACCUAGAUCCUAAAUAUUGGAGUCUCUCAGGACUGAGUAAGCUGGGAAGCAUCAUAGGAAAGCCAGUGAAAAGGGACAAGGCUACUGCAACCAAGUCAAAGCUGGAUUUUGCCAGGAUACAGAUUGAGGUGGGAAUACAGAAGAGCUUCCCUGAAAUGAAGGGAGAUAAGCAACCUGUUACUAGAAAGACUAUGGUGUGGAGAAGGAAACAAAGUACACCACAACAACAACAUAAAGAGGAUGCCAAGGAGAAUGCCUCAAAUGAAAAUCUGGAAGAAAGAAUGGAUGGGGAUAAGGAAGAAGAGGAGUUUCACAUAGUUACCAAGAGGAAGAGUGCAAAAAGGGGAGGACUCUUUGAGAAACAGUUCAUUGAUGGAAUCAAUAAAGUGUUUCAUGAAGCCCCAUACCAGGGGCACUACCCCUUUUUGACAUGAUUGGGUGUUGGAAUAUUAGGGGUAUGAACAGCCCCAAUAAAGUAUCAGAAAUAAAGAACUUUAUUAGUAGUAAUAAGAUUGGUCUUAUGGCUAUCCUUGAGACUAAAAUUAAGGAGAAUAAGGUCCAGGAAAUGGAGAAUAAGCUGAUGAAAGGUUG